AUGGAAGUCGGUUUGUUGCCUGUGAUCUCCUUUGGAGCGAAGGAGAUGGACGAUGCACCGCUAGCUACUCAUGAAAUUCACGCGUAUCACUCGGUCAUCCAGCAGACACACGAGGAUGAUAUCGUGGAUCAAGCUGCGGCCGUACUAUUGCCGAUUAUACGACAGCGAGAGUGGAAAGCAUUCAUAUCCCCUGAAGAGCUUUCUUCCCUGUGCUACAUGCUCUCCGACGAAGCCAGUAUUCGAACCAAUAUCACCACGGCACAAUACCUCGUGUACCUCGAGCAAUCUGCGUCACUAGAUCUUACCGGCGAGCAAUGCGCGGUGCUGUUGAGCUUGCUUGUCAAGUCCUCUCAGCGAUAUUCGUUCUCGCUAACAGGAGAAUGGUGUGAUACUGCUCUUUGGAAAUGCCCCUUCAUCUAUGCCCUGCUCGCAGUCGUUCGCCCCAUUGUGGGCGGCUACAGUUGGUACGAUUUCGAUGAUAUUCCUAUCGUCAUACUGCUGCUAUAUGGUCCUAGCGUCGACACAUACGGGAAGGUAGUCUCUCAAGGGCUGCCAUCCGAUUGGAAUUCCACUGUCAUCCCAUUUCUUCUCAAAGUUAUCCGUGCUAAGUUGGAGGGUUCAGACUCCUCCUCGCCCCGCCCUGGGAUUUUUUAUUGGGAUCGAUGGACACCUGAAUCCCACCGCGAAGGGAUCAAGAGAAGUGUACUGGAGCUCUUCCGUACAUUUUCGCCUGAGGCAAGAGUGACUACGGUGGACACAAACGAUACCCCAUCAGACAUGGCGAUUCCAUGGGAAUGGCUGGAGAAUUCGCACGACUUUGCGUCAGGACUGGAAGCAAAGGAUGGGGGAGAGCAUUAA